UCGUUUGGGUGGAUCGCUUUCCCGGUGUCACGAUCAAAAAUCGAGCGGCACGUACCCCAGACACAGGGCAAAGUGCAUCUGUAUGUAUGUAUGUAUUUUAUCGACCUGCAACUUCUCGAUCGACAUCGAUCCUGAUGAACCUGAACUCUACAUAAUUCUCUACUUAAGAAUCAUAAAUCGAAGAACACCAUGCCCCCCGUCGCUUCUUCCUCCUCCUCCUCCUCCAGCACUGGGGGCGGCGGGACUGCACCGACGACCGGGGCGGCGACUUCUACUGAUGCCGCCGUCGGGCAGCAGCUUCCCUUGCGACAGUUGUCGACCCUGCAAUUCAACGAGAAGCGUUUCGAUAAGGUGCGCUACAGCGAUCUGGACAGCAUAGAACUUUUGCGAUUCGCGUUAUCAUUCCCGGAAGCCCAAAGGAGUUCGUAUUCGACCUGGAAAGGGUACUUUAUUUUCUUUUUGACAUGAUGUCUGAUCAGAGUCGUGACACAAUCACAAAGGCUGGAAUGAGAUUAGAGGUAGACGCAUUUGUUAUCACCAAAUUUUGCUGCAUUUGGUAAAAUGGAAGGAGUUGCAUUUUUUUCAUCUAGGGUCCUUCUUUUUGUUCGAACUACAGGUUUGACUUUAAGGGCCACCCCCAUCAGUCGCACCAGUCGCACUACCGUAAUGUAAUAGCGCCGCGCUUGGAGUACUGGAUCGGGAAAAUGCGGGAAAGGGAUGCUGAGCUGGCCAGGUGGAAGCAGCGAGAUCAAGAGAAGGGGGAAAACGAAACGGCGGGGAAGGAGCCAGCAGCUGUUGAUGGAAAGGAACGAGUUCCACGACCUGACGCGGGUGUCAAAGAAGGUCUUUCCGGUAUAGUAGUUUUUUGUCCCAAUUGCAAAGAAACGCCAUACCUCAAUCUAGGUACUUGAUUGUUCAUAGAAAGUGACGCUUCUCAAGAUUCCCUCCGGAAAAAUAGGUUGAACAAAGUUGAUGUUUCCGGACAAAAAUUUCGCAGGCGCGAGCGAAGACCAUGCCGAGGAAGCCGACCACAACUCCAACGACAAUUCCGACAGUGAAGAUUCAUCGGAGUUUUCUUUAGACCUGGGAAACCUGAACAGCAAAGAAGGCGACGUGGAGGCCAUUCCCUCCGUGUGGGAAAUGCUGUGUCCCGAGUUUGACGGAGAGUUUCUUUGUCCGGCCCAACGGGAAGCGAUGGAAGCGAUUGUGAGGAACGAGCAAGACGUGGUGCUGCACGGGCUACUCGGGAAAUCACUGGCCUACCUCUUCCCGGUCUCGCUCACCUACGGACUGUGCGUCGUGAUCACGACGCGGCCGCAUGAGCACAGCGAGAAGGUGCGGCGGCUUGUCGGGAUGAACAUCGGGCACGGAAGUAUCGGCCGGGAGCUGUACGACAGCAAGCCGAUGUCGCAGAAGUUUAUCCACUGGAGCAGCAACCCCGUCGUGCAGGAGAUCCACGACUCCUGCACCGUCGAGGCGCUGCAGGAGGCGAGUCAGCGCGGGUCCAGUAUAGCAGGAGGAGCCCCGCCGCACGGAAAAACAACCUGCGACGAGGAACCGCCGAACACGCAGCAGAGGGCGGAAAAGGCCGCGGGUGACUUGAAGCGGCGAGUAGACGAGGCGAUGGACCCGGCGCUCCGGAGAAAACGGCUGCAGAAGGAGCGAGAAGAGGAGGAGACGAGAGCGGCGGCCUUGCAACAAGAAUUACUGUAUAACAACAACGCAACAAGUAGUACGACUACAGGUGGAGCUGCAACUUCUACGGAGAUGAACUUCUUUUACAAUGGAGCCUCAUCGUUCUCCUCGUAUAAUACAACUUCGCGCCGGCGGUUUUCGGUGUUGUUUCUCCACCCGAUUUACUUGGAGAAGGAGAAGGCUUUGAAGAAAAGCUCGACGCUGAUCAAGGUGCUGCAGACCGCGAUCCAAAAGAGACCCGGCACCUAUUUCGUCAUCGACGAAGCACACUGUCUCUCGCCCGCGAGCAAGUGCUUCCGCGCGGAGAUGGAUCCGGCGCGGCACGUGAAGGAGAUUUUCGGAGAGGACACGCCCGUCGUGGCGUGUGUCGGGCCCUGCCCAGACGUGAAGAAGUGCGGCUUGCUCGAUAUGACUUGCUCAAACGUUACAAUCUCAAACGUUACAAUAGAGUCUGGAAUUUGUGUUGCAUGAUGAGCACCAUGACAGACUCGCGCAGUGUUCCACCUUUUGCAAUACAAAUUUCGCCAGAUUGUAGUGGGGUUUGGGGCUCCGGAACUUGUCAUGCGCAAUCCUAUGAGAGUUCGCUAGAUAAUGCACUCUUGCAUCACAGAAUUCCAUAUUCUAUUGUAACGUUUGAGAUUGUAACACCUGAACGGGUUAUACUCGACCGCGUGGAGGCGGAGUUGAAGCUCCGGCCGGACACGAAACGCUUCGAAAUGGUGCCGAAGCCCGAGGCGCUGCAGGAGCUUGAGAUGGAGGUGUGCCAGGUGCCGGAGAAUAUGCAUCGCGAAGAAACUAUCGUACUGAAGAUUUUAAAUUGCAGUCAUGCAUGAAAGCAGGUAAAGGUAAAGCAGCAUUACAAAUUCCAUUUUUUAACUCGAAAAAAGUUGUGAAGAUGCAAUUCAUACUAACUUGUUACGGUACUAUUGCGAUGCAUAGAGAAGGAGACCAAGCAGUUGUACGACAACUACGUCGCUGGCCAGGUCGUGACGCGGGUGAAGCAACUUCUCCAUGCGAAUCGGUGCGUCGUCAUUUGCGAAGACAAGCCGCAGCUGCAGCACUUGAAAUCCGUGUUUCUCUCCUCCGAAGCGGGGUUCGAGGACGAUAGGCGAGCCUUGGUGGUGGAGGAUUUGACGAAACGCUUGUCGCCGCAAAACCGCGUCCCCCCAACGCAGAUCAUCCGGGACGCCACGCCCAAAAUUCCGUUCGACCAAAAAAAGGUUCUGAAGAAGCCGACGCUGGCGUACCUGCACACAAAUAUGAAGGUCGCGGAGCGCCAGCUGAUGCAGAAGCGGUGGAGCAUGGAUGCGAACUGCAAGGUGUUGAUCCUCACGGCCAACGUGGGCAAGGGGUCGGCGGCGCGACUCCCCUCGGUGGGCCCGGUCUCUUUAGUCAUUCACUACAGUGCGGCCGCUGUGCGGAACCUGAGCCGGCUCGCGGAGGAUGUCGCUGUGCUGCUGCACGCCGACCCGCGGGAACAGGAAGUGAAAGAGGAUGAUGACGAGGUGGUGAAAGUAAACGACCAUAAAAAUAAAGCAGAUGCUGAGGCAAUAAAUAUCAGACCAGGAGUACAACAUCAGCAGCAGCGCGAGGCCGUUUUGUACUGGGACGGGAAGGAAAGGCUGCCACAGGGUGGCGGGAAAGAGGCUGCUGCGCACCAAAGCGCCAAUAACUUGUCGCACCUCGCCCGACUGAAGAGGAGCAUUGUGGACAAUGAUAAAACGCAAACGGAGACGGCCACGGAGUGCUGCAAAGAGCUGCGCAGUUACCUGCAAGCGGGGGUGAAAGCGAACAUCAAGGGAAACAACAACGCAGCGGACGCCGCGAAGGCGUUCUUUCUCGCCAAGUUCAGCUUGCACAAGCAAGCGGGGAUUUCGGUUUCCUCGAUAGACAGAUGGAACUCCGGUGCUGGCAGCGCAACCAGUGCAGCCAGUAGUUCGAACAAAGCGGCGGGCAAUAUAUUGAAGCAGGCACAGCAAGUUACUGGACCAACAACUACAGCCGCCAGUUCUUCGAAGCGGAAGAUGGACCCCACGCAAGCCGUCCAACAAGGGGACCACGGUGCGAGUGACAAUGUGAAUAUUAGAGCAAAAACUGCACAGGAGGAGGAAGAUGCUGCGGUAGAGCGGCAAUUGUUGAAGCAAACGCAACUGGCGCAGAAAGCCGCCGCGGCGGUUAAAACUCGGAACAAGCGGGGAUCGAACCCGUUGGUGUCUGGCGGCGCAGGCGGAGCGUCGUCUUCGUCGACCCAGCGACCAGGUGGUAUGUUUGCGAAUUUUGCUACUUUCAACAAAAAGGAGAACAAAAAUGGUACAAAGCCCGUACUGCCAUCUGGGAAGGUGCUGGCGACUGCUAGCACUGCAGCUUCCGCCGCUGGCGCACCAGUAGUAGCACCUGGGAUAAAAGAACCUGAGAACAACCAAACGGCGUUCUCGGGCGCGGAAAUACAGAGUAAAAAGAAGGAAACCACGGAAGUAGAUCUUUCCUCUCUGAGCCACCAAGAUUUUCUUCAGAAACUCCUGAGCGAGAAAGCCUCCACGACUCGGGCGCCUCCUGGGAAAGGUCCACCCGCCGAGAUGAGAGUAGGAGACGUCGCGAGCAGUUCAAGUUCCCUUGCUUCGACGUUCUUUCUGCAACCAAGUACUACUGUUGCAACGUCGCUGCCAAAGAACAAGAACAUCAGUAGGAAAAACAGCAAGGACGCAGCACAGCAGCCGCUUUCGCGCGCGAAUUCCACUAUCACGUCGUUGAGUCGUCAGGAGCAGAAGGAGCUGGCGAAGGAGUAUCAGCAGGACCUGCCAGCGAAGGUCAGGAAGGUGGAUAGGUACAUGGGUGAGAAGAUGGCGUCCUUUGCGGCGCUCGAGGUGGCCGAUCUAGGUCGGAAUAAAGACCAAGUAGAACAAGCGCGGACCACGUCGAAGCGACCCGCUGCUCCCUCCAAGGAAGCACCAUCUACUUCGACGGGUGAGCAGCAGUCACAGCAACCGUCGGCGAAACGACAGAAGAAAGCGGUCCUGUCGCGCCAGCACACCGACAUUCUUCCGGACAACACACAGAAAGUAGCUACAACGUCGGGGGCCGAUACAACACAUAAUGCUUUUACGGGAAAAAACUACCAGCAGAAGUCUUUGAAAGAGCGAAAGGCGAGCGAUGACAUUAUGGUGCUCGACUCGUCGGACGACGAAAGCCAAAAUAAGGAGGGCCCGAAACAACCUGGCCAAGUUGUUCCAAAUAACAUCACCACGACAGGAAAUAAAUCUGCUUCUACUUUGAAGCAGCAAGGAGCCGGAGGAGCUACGUCCUCUUCCUCUUCCUCGCUGAUCGGCGGGAAGCAAGCUGCGCAAGUCCAGGAGUCCCAACCAAGACCAGCACAGCAAAGUAGUUCUACGUCGAACGGAGCCCCGUCCGUAGCUGCACCCUCAGCUGCCCGACCUGCUUUAGCAUCGGUAGGUGCUCAAGCAUCGAUCCUUGACCGCCUGAAAGCAGCGCAAAACCCGAAGGGAGGGGGUGCGGGGGUCUCAAGUGGGAAUACUACAGUCGUGGGCGGGAGGCCGGCAGGUGGGGCAACGUCAAAGCAGCCUCCUGGUUUUACCUUUUCCACCACUGGGGGAAGCACAAGUGCAAUCGGCACAGCAACUCUACAGCCGGCCGCUACGGCUAAAAGCAGCGUGAUCAGCGAUGUCCCCGUGUCAAGCCGCGUCGUCCGCCCGAAUGAUGCUGCUCCUGCAGCUGCACAACGACAACCCCCAGCAGCGAGCAAACCGGCCGGAAAUAAGAUCAAAGCUGCGGGAGAAGUUCUCCCGAAAGCUACCAAGAAGAAGCAGGAGUCGAUGAAGAAGCAACCUCCGCGGCCGCCCGCGUCCCCACAGCGACGAAGGUCUUUGAUCGAAAGCGGAAACAACGACGCGCGGCCAAGUCUGCUCCAAGCGAACAAGCCAAAGGAGGAUUUUUUUCAAGGAAUUAUCGGAACAGCAGGGAAUAGUGCUGCUGCUGCAACCGCUCGAGCAAUCAAUGGCGCUUUUAACAAAGAUUUCUCGAACAAUUUGUCUGGCGCCGCAAAACAGCAGCUUGCUACUUCCAUGCGCCCAGCACCAACAUCGUAGAAAACCAUUAAAAACUUCAUUCUGGUUUUUU